AUGGCCUUGUCUGAUGAGUCAGGGGCCGAGGUACAACCGGUGAAUAGCCCACCAGAAGCAACUCAGGAACUACCGACAGUUCAACUCCUCUUACCUGAGGAAAAUGCAUGGCAUCCUACUCUUGAUAACACUCUACAGAUCAAAUCAGGCAGUGCAUCCAGAUCAGUCAGUGGUAUUAGUAGCGCCGUCGAAGAUGGGGGUGAUUCACAACAGUUAUACGACAUCGCUGAGAAAAGAUUGAACGGCAAAGGACCAAAUGACUUUGACUAUGCUGGCACACACUUUUCCAAAGAGAAUGACAUCGAACGACCAGAUUCGAUACCCGACGAUUUCGAUGAUGAUCCCCCAGAACCACUGGAGACACUUAUUCGAGGUUACAUGCUCACAGCAGCCAAUUCUACACAGUCACAGUUUCUACCACUCAGCGAGCUCGAAGCUAUUAUCACCUCUCCUAACAUCAAACGAGAGCUAAAGCGGUCAGGGCUCACAUCAGAUUUGAACAAGAUUGCGGACGAAGUCUGGUCCACUAAAGAGAUCUCCAACGGCACGAAGACCACACGGCGUAAGAUUUUUGCAAUCUUGUGCCUCAUCGACAAAGCAAAAGAAAUUCAAUAUUUCAUUGAAGAAGGCAUAUUUGACUCUCAUCUUCCGUUCCACUUUGAGCACAAUCAAGACCAAGUGCGUUGUAAUGGUAAAUCACCGAAAACGAUUCAGCUUUUCACACGAUGGCAAGUCACACACCGCGACAGUUUUGCCAAUUACCAGGGGCGCUUUCUGGCGCCUUACCUCAAAUUCAUGACAGAAGAUUUACGACACUACUCGUUGCAUCACUGUGUAGUUUUGCCUUUCUUAGAAAAAUGGCAGGACGACGUACUUAAUGAUGCUGUUGCGACAUGGUUCUCGAUCGUGUAUCGUGUAGAGAUACAUUCAGCGCAUCACGACUACCUUUCACCAUUGGGUAAAUCAGAGAAGCUGAGCUUCGCCAUCAAACAACUUCAGCAGAUAGAGGCAAUCGAGCACAGCCGUCGCAAAGCAUACAACCGGGAGGUGGCGGCAUACAAGAGACUGAACUCCAUCAAGCAUCGACAUAUUGUCCGCCUUCUUGCAACAUACGAGCACCAUGAUAGGUUGCAUAUGAUAUUUCCCUGGGCAGAUGGCAAUCUUUUUCAGUUCUGGAAAGACCGCUUUCCGAACCUGUCCGAUCUUCCUCGAAACCAAGUUUUGGCGAAAUGGAUGAUUCAUCAAUUCCUUGGACUAGCUGAUGGUUUGAACCGCAUACACGAAUCCGACACAAGCUUAGCUCCAGGUGACCUUAAACCUGAGGACAAGAAGAGAACUCACGGUCGACAUGGUGAUAUCAAACCAGAAAAUAUAUUAUGGUUCAAGAACCCUACGGGCGGCUCCUCAAUUGACAAACUCGGCGAUCUAAUGAUAUCUGAUCUUGGUUCGACUGAGUUCCAUGGUACACGUUCGCAAGAAGUGCAGGCGAAUGCUGCAGGCGGCUUUACACCUACCUACAAAUCACCCGAAUUCGACAUCAUGGAAAGGGUUCGACCCGAGUCUGAUAUCUGGUCCUUUGGCUGUGUUCUCUUCCAAUUCGUUGUUUGGUACGUGCUUGGCUGGCAGGGUGUGCAGGAAUUCUCCGAUCGACGGAAGGAAGAUUCGACGCUCCCAGUCCCAUUGGAUAAUUUCUUCCAUUUCAACAAGAACGAAGGCUCUAUAGAGGCGAAGCAGUCCAUUCGUAAUGAAUUUACAAUGCUUCGGGAGCACCCUAGCACAAGCGACUUCAUUGUCGAUCUUGUAGACCUCAUUGAGUUCGACCUCCUACGUUUGCGUGUUGGCCAGCGAGCAAGUUCUGCUGAUAUUGUCACCAGACUGAAGACCAUCGAAUUGUCCUGCGGUAGCGACCAGCAAUAUUGCACACGGAAGACAACUAGAGACAUAUCGAGAACUCCCAUUGAUUUGUGCGACAAGGUACACAUCUCGUUUUCCAAAGAGAUGGAGGCCAAGUACACGAAGGAUGUUGGUCCGAGUUUGCGCCCGGUGCCUUCUGACAAUACAAUGCAAAAUUCUGCUGAAGAUGAUAGAAGCCGAACUGAAGAAGGCGAUAGCGAAGGAGCACAACAAGCAGAAAAUCCCGGUGAUCGAGCCAAGACGAACGAAGCAUCUGGAACCGCAGGAAGCAACGCACAAGCUGACCAGCCUGGCGAACAUCAUCGACAGCAACAACAGCGGCUCAACACUUCGAACAAAGUGACACUCUGGAUUAAAAAACUUUUCUGUUUUCGAAGUUGA